CCCCCCCCAAAUCUUUGUCAUGUGUUCAGGAGCCCAGCGCCCCAGCAUACAGUAAAAGACGCUCACCAUGGGACUCUCUCAGUCGAGGGAACGCCUAGAGGACGCGGGAGUCAGCGCAGCGGAGCACGGCCUGAUCAGGGAGGCUGCGGCCAGGCAGCAACACCCUCAACAAACACACCAACAGCAGCAAGAGUUGCCUUCUGAACAAAACUCGAGCCCAAGGGGGUUUCCCGGAUCCUCGCACUUGCAAGUUGAAGGCAGGUCCGAAGCAUACGACAUGGACGUGGACGCAUCGAGCCCAGCUCCCGCCCAGGGUCGGCGCAGGAGGGAGAGGAUGGUCAGCUCAGGCUCCAGUGCUGGCGCCAGCGAUCCAUCGCCACAGCGCCGGCGUCUAUCCCUUUCUCGUCGGCUAGGCAUCACGUCUCGCGGGAACGUGCUACGCAGUGCACAAGAACCAGAGUUGGAAGCGCAGCCGCUAGCAGGAACGAGCGAUUCGUCACGCCUAGCAGCGUCAUCGUCUUUGCCAGCACAGCUAUCGUCAAGAGAAUCCGCUACACACUGUGACCACAGGAGCAACGAGGGUCGUUCAGCGAAAGACAGGUUGCUUGCUCGGAGCCGCAGGGUGCUCAACUUUGGGGCAGCCAGUCACCAGGUUAGCACUCCUGCUGACUCGGCGGGAGGCAGUUCUGCGACCGGUGCCGACAUGCACAUGUCGGAUGCCACUGACGAAGUUGCCGCCACGAGCAGCUCACAGGCUCUUGGGGCUAACUCUAGCUCCGGAGGCAGCGCUAGUGGUUCUGGUAUGCAGUCAGCAACAGCUACGCAACGCGCUUCGAGCCCAGACGAGCUAACCGAAGAGCGCAGCAGGGUCAUGCAUCAGAUUGCUAGCGUCCUCGGCGAACCGGCCGUCCAGCGCAGCUCACGGUACACUGAAGUCCGCUCGCCGACUCUGUCUACUGCAACGCCUAGUCCUCUACCUGGCAUCUCCGAUGUGCCUGGGCAGCAACCGAGCUCAUUAGCGGCGUCAGACGCCGCAUCACGCGGUCGUUGGUUUGAGGCACCACGUGCUUCCCGAGCAGAAGGGCCGCACGAGGAGCCGCCACCGCGCCCAAGCACCAUCCCUGCGCUUAUGAACGACCUUCUUGGUCUGCGGCCAGCAGGAGGAACUACGGCAGGUGCUGGACAACCCGGAGCAGAAGCAGGCGAUCAAGCUGGCGCGCCGAGGCCAUCCGUGUCGUCGGGAACGUACGUCGUCGUUCAAGGUAUGCUAGUCGCAAGAAGCGGUCCGCCUUUGAGCAAUACAGCAUUGUCCCCUUCUGUAGCUCAAGGACAAGAAUCGACUCGACCUGCAACAUCGCAGAGCCACGCCGCUACGUCAGUGUCAGCGCCAUCCGACGCACCCACUCAUUCAACACGCGCAGCUGCAUCGAGGAACCCCUACGCGACUUCAACAGCAAGAUUGUCCAGUUCUCCCGGCUCUUCCGCGAGUGGCAGCACGAUGCGAAGGCGCAGUCUCUCCGACGCGGGUCCAGCAGCAUCGACAUCAUCGGGACAGUCCGGAACAGGCCGAACUGGUCCAGUUCGCCAGCAGCAUGCAGCUAGCGAGCAAGCAGGAAGCACAAACCCGUCCAACAUCGGCACCAGCACAGGCCCGGCUAUUGGCGCCAGUGCUGCUGAUGCGGCGCCCUUCACGCCGCCAUCGACUGCGACCGAGCAAGCUGCGAUGCUGACGCGCAUGAUCUCCAUCGCAGCUGCCGCGACGGCUGUCUCCCUGCUGGAUCCGGCGCAAGCACAGCAUCAGCAACAGCAACAGCAGCAGCAACGGCGCUGGAACUCUUCAGCACAUGGUGUAGCGGAUCCGCUCGGCGACAGGCUGCGUGCUGCUGAGACUGCGCUUGCUGGCGUUACUGCCCGACCCACAACAGCGCCAGCAACAGCAACCGGGACUGGCACUGGGCCAGGGACUGGUCUCAGGGAAAGGCUUGCGCGUUUGGGCUCCAGGCUAGCUAAUUCUUUCGUGCCAGAGGAGACGAAUGCGGCUGCCCAACCUUCUGCUGGAACGAGCAUGGCGACAGGGAGCAGUACCCGCGGGGGCACGGGUGCUACAGCAGAGUCCAAUGUGCCUGCAGCUGCUCAAGGCCUAGCUGGUACCGGUGCAGAAACGACUGCUCAGCCGGACUUGCCGUCCAUGCUGCGCAAUGCUUUGAAUGCCGGACAUGAUGGCGAGGGUUCGCUCUUCACUCCGCUCUCCACGUCUGCUUCUCCGACGACGAGCAGCGGAACAGCAACGUCUGAGGCACCUGCUUGGACGACAGAAACGCUGAACCAGACGCUUGCGAGGGCUCGCUCCGGCGCAGUGACCGAUGGCCCAGAGCAUACAUUCGACCAUUUCCUGCACAGCUUGACGCAGGACCUUUCCGCUGCCAUUGAGAAUGCAUAUGGCACCGCGCCGCAGCUACCACCUUCGAACAGCGUCGCGAUGAGACGCACACACGACCUAACACGCGGUAACGUUUCUUUCUUCCGAAUCUUUCGCUUCGAGCAGCCAUCAGAGACUGCUGCUGCGUCCGAGCCCGGCCCACGAGCAACGCAGCCGUCUUCGUCCCCAGAGGAUGCCCAUGCUUCCGCUUCGCAAUCUCAACAGAGAAGCUCGUGGUAUCCUCGCUUGACUAGCCCAUCUGUUAGGCGAGCGCAAGGAGACCAGAGCCCGAGCACAGCACCCGCUGCAGGAUCAGAAUCUCUUCUCCCAUGCCUGGUUGUCGGCGUGCGGUCAGGCCCGCUGAAUGCAGGAGCAACUUUUUUGCCCAUGUACAUGCCUUCGUCAGCACAAGAGGCGAACAUGGGCGAUGCAAGAGGCGCCACCGGCCCCGAUGUGCCUGCAGCGUCGCAAGCAGAUAUGCACAUUGCCGAAAGCGGCGAUAAUGAUGCUGCGGGUGCAGCGACACCGUCCGACGCUAAUGUUAAUGUGGGUUCAGCCGCAGCCGAGGGUGACGCACGAAGUCCGGACGGCAAUGCGAUCCGCUACAACCUCUUCGUCUCUGCUGGCUACUAUCCGAGGGACCACGCUUUGCUCUCAUCCCCUUUGCACCUCGCCGCAAGGGAUCUGAUGUAUCUGAUGGAGCUCCUCGCAUCUAUGAGUGUCUUUCAACCCAAACGCAACGUGGCAACGGAGAACGACCUGAAGAAUAGCGCGCUUCGCAUUGUGUCAGGCAAGGAAAUCGUCGAGAUGGCUCAGAAGGGGCAAGUCGCUUCUAAUACAGCGGAGAAAUGCCUUGUGUGCCUUGAAGAUUGGCUGUCCGAAGACAAAAUCCGCGUGCUCGACUGCAAGCAUGCAUAUCACAUGGACUGCGUCGAUCGGUGGCUCUGCAGCUCAUCGAACACGUGUCCGUUAUGCCGGCGCGAGGCCGUCAAGAGGUCUGAGCCCACGCAGACCGCAACUCAUGCACCAGCAUCCGCGAUUUGAUUAAUACUUGCAUCAUCACCAUGCACUUACAUGUUUUCACAAGACUAGAUUUUCUUUCAGACACUGUAUUAUUUCAGCUGCAUUCCUUUCAAUUGUCGAGAAGCUAAUACGCAAUGUUCCAAUGUCAUCAUU